AUGUUAAAUCCAUCUACGUCAAUAUUAUGUCACUUUGGUGGCCGAACAACGGGAUCACAAAUACGUUGCGAAUUUUCCCUUCGACGUUCAAAGUGUACUCUCGAUUUCUUCGACGCUACUUAUGAUAUCCAUGAUGUCACACAAACAGGCGAACCUCUUCACAAAAUAUCAUCCAACGGUGAAUGGACGAUACAAAACGUGAGCAUCAACUACACACUCGUCGAACAAGCAAAUCCCGAAGAACACCAGUUUCCCGUUGUUGGG